AUGCCUUUGUCGCUUUGUGGAGGAAGCAAAACGGUCCAGCGCAAGCUGUGGCGACGGUGCUUGCGGAAAGACAUCACUGUUAAACGUGUUCACGAGAGGGUAGGCAAACUCAGCUUCGACGGUGCCGCCCCUUACCUCGCUGGACGCGCGAUUGACCAUGCCCCUCCGCACAGAUACUUCCCGACCGUCUACGAGCCAACAGUAUUUGAGAACUAUGUCCAUGACAUCUUUGUAGAUAACGUCCACAUCGAAUUGUCACUAUGGGAUACAGCUGGACAGGAGGAAUUCGACAGGUUGAGGAGUCUAUCAUAUGACGAUACGGAUUUGAUCAUGCUCUGCUAUUCGGUCGACAGCAAAGACAGUCUCGAGAACGUCGAAUCAAAAUGGGUCGGUGAGAUAGCAGACAACUGUCCAGGCGUCAAGCUGGUCCUGGUUGCGCUCAAGUGCGACUUGCGCCAGGAGCAGGCCGAUGACGCAGCCGAAAACGGUAACGCGACGGACCCUUCGCAACAGCGCGAGAAGAAGCCCAUGAUCACGUACGACACGGGUCUGGAAGUGGCACGGCGAAUCAACGCGCUGCGAUAUCUCGAAUGUUCGGCCAUGCGCAACCGCGGCGUCAACGAGGCCUUUACUGAGGCGGCACGUGUGGCACUUAGUGUCAAGAAGGACCGCGAGGAGAGCAAGUGCACCGUCAUGUAGUGCGACGGGGUGCUGGAGUGGCUGCUCCGUGGCGUUUUUUCUUGUUUUGGGAAGCACAAUAAAGGCGAGACACAGGAGAGGCUUACUGAGAAGGCAUAGAUGCUGCGCCGAGGUGAAACUUCUGAGACCUGUGAGCUCGAGGUCCAAUGGGAGAAAAAGCAAGAAUCUUUGCCUUUCUUCUUAGUAGGCUGAACUUCUUGAUCUGUGUCUACCUGGUUGGGGGGUUUCUUUUUUUUUCUUUUUCUUUUGUUGACCAACAUUAUAUCUUUCACCUAUUCCCUCACAACCCAUCAAUAUUUGAUGAUAUCCCCGCUGGCUCUGGAGUUAAUGAGUUUGUUUCCCUUUGUCUUAUUCACUUCUGUCUACCAUUCAAACCAAGUUGUUUACUACCACAGACAUUGUUGUAAUUGUUUUCAUUCGAGGGUCUUUUUAUUUUCUUUUUUUUUUCUUGCUAUAUGAGCGGCCGUUUCGAGAACCAGGAAGAAGCUGUUAAAGGACGAGGGAUG